AUGCCCAAAGCAAGCUCUCCAGAUGCAACUUUGAGACGGCGAGGACGAACAGAUUCCGCAGAUUUCCGGGGCAACACCACCGAGGAGGACACAGAUUUGGCAGAUGAUCCGAAGAGUGAGCAGGAGUCUGCCGCCCUAAGAACCGCUCAAAGCAAUGAAGGUGGUGAAAAGUUAUUGUCGAAGGUAAAAAUGAAAAAAAUGAUGGUGCGGGCAGUGAUGGGCGUCAGCAUGAUGGUCACCUUCGGCGGGGUAAUCUACUUAGGUCAUUGCUAUUUGUGUCUACUGGUUUUUGCAUUGCAAUGCUUCAUUUUCUUCGAGCUCGUUGGGGUUCGAAAGCGGCAGGCUGCAGAAAAAAGGCUGCCUCUCUUUCGUUCGAUCCAAUGGGCUUGGUUUUUCGUUGCAGCAUUCUUCACCUGGUCGGCCAGUAUCUGUCAGUUCCUCGAGAACAGUCCUCGAUUCACGGCUUCCUGGUCGGUGGCGAGGCUGGCCCUGGAGAACAACAUGCUGGUCUCGUUCUCACUGUACACGCUCCUACUUAUGGUCUCCGUUCUGAGCCUUCGCAAGGGGCUUUACAAGUACCAAAUUACACAGUACACUUGGACCAUGGUCACCAUAUGCAUAGUUGUAUUUCAGACUCAAGCUGUGUUCCAUUUGAUUUACGCCGGACUCUUUUGGUUUGUCCUUCCUUCCUCACUCGUGAUAUGUAAUGACAUCAUGGCAUACUACUGCGGGCAGCUGUUUGGAAAGAAGCUCAUUCGGAGAAGGUUCUUGGAACUGUCUCCAAACAAAACCUGGGAAGGAUUUCUAGGAAGUGCUGUUUGCACUAUGCUUUUCGCGCUAUGGUUCUCCAGGAAGUUGUGCGCUUACAAAUGGAUGACUUGUGUGCCAGAAGAAAUCACAUUAUCGGUCCAUGCGCUGUCUUGCGAACCUGGGCAAAUGUACAGACCGCAAAGCAUCGACAGCAUUAUCGUCGAUGCACUUCCCAGUGGGAUGAGAGCCUCUUGGCGAGUGCUGGCAGGGUCGAUUCCGGCCUUGAAUGCAGUUGGCCAGCUCGAGAUUUGCAGGGCGCAGAUCCAUGCUUUGAGUCUUGGAUUCUUCGCAUCCUUUGCUGCUCCAUUUGGGGGCUUCCUCUCUUCUGCCAUUAAGCGUGCUUAUGGGAUCAAGGAUUUCAACAACCUCAUUCCGGGGCAUGGUGGCAUGAUGGACCGCUUUGAUUGUCAAUUCGUCAUGUUUCUUUGCACAUACGUGCACAUACGCACUUUCUGCCAAACGCCAGUCACGGUCGAAAUGCUCUUGGCAACUGCAGCCUGGUGCUAA